CGCGCGCGCGGUUCCUUUAACACGAUGGUGCUGCUGUUCCCAUCUCCGCCCCUUCCCUUCCUCGGUGGCUCAGCAGCCCGCUCUCGACUCCAGGCCCGGGGAAAAACAAACGGCGGCAGGAGCAGCCUUUGCUGCCCACUGGAGCUGGCGGCCCGGUGGGGCGCGGCCAGCGCAUGAGGGCAGCGGGCGGAGGCGCAAGAGGAGGAGGCGGGGGUGGCGGUGCGUCCCUCCCGCCCGCCCGGGCACAGGCAGCCCCCGCCGCCGCUCCCUGUCGGGGCCCGGGAGGCUGAGGCCGCCGCGCAGCGCCCGGGACAUGCGGCCUCCCCAGCCGCAGCCAUCGCCGAGGAGACGGGGGACAUGAGGCUCCGCAAUGGCACCUUCCUCACGCUGCUGCUCGGCUGCCUCUGCGCGCUCUUCUCGCUCUCCUGGUACGGAGCCUUCGGCGGGCACAAAGGUGACGUUGUGGAUAUCUAUCAGCGAGAGUUCCUAGCGCUCAGAGACCGCUUACACGCUGCAGAACAGGAGAGCCUCAAGCGGUCUAAGGAACUGAACCUAGUCCUAGAUGAAAUCAAGCGAGCCAUCUCCGAGAAGCAGGCCUUGAGGGAUAUAAACCGGACAUGGAGCAGCUUAUCUGAUGAAACAAAAUUAAAACUGUGGAAUAUCACUAACAAAAAUGUGCUGCAUCUCCCCACCAUCUUUCAUCAUUUGCCACAUUUGCUAUCAAAAGAGAAUAGCCUGCAGCCGGCUGUGCACGUGGGACAGGGGCGCACUGGAGUUUCAAUAGUGAUGGGGAUCCCCAGCGUCAAGCGGGAAGUGCAUUCCUACCUUACAGAUACCCUAAACUCUCUAAUCUCAGAGCUCAACCAGCAGGAGAAGGAAGACUCUGUCAUUGUUGUUCUGAUUGCGGAGACAGAUCCACAGUAUACAACUGGAGUGGCAGAGAAUAUCAAAAACCUGUUCCCCAAUGAAAUACAUUCUGGUCUUCUAGAAGUCAUUUCCCCUUCUCCACACUUCUACCCAGACUUCUCCCGCCUCCGAGAAUCUUUUGGUGACCCCAAGGAAAGAGUCAGGUGGCGGACUAAACAGAACCUCGAUUACUGCUUUUUAAUGAUGUAUGCACAGUCCAAAGGCAUUUACUAUGUGCAGCUGGAAGACGAUAUUGUAGCGAAACCAAACUAUCUCAGCACAAUGAAGAACUUUGCUCUGCAGCAACCCUCUGAGGAGUGGAUGAUCCUGGAGUUCUCACAGCUCGGGUUUAUCGGAAAGAUGUUCAAGUCGCUGGAUCUCAGUCUGAUUGUGGAAUUCAUACUCAUGUUCUACAAGGACAAACCCAUUGAUUGGCUCCUUGAUCACAUCCUCUGGGUCAAAGUCUGCAACCCGGAGAAAGAUGCAAAACACUGCGACAGACAGAAGGCAAAUCUGAGGAUCCGAUUCAAGCCCUCGCUUUUCCAGCAUGUAGGAACCCACUCCUCCCUUGCUGGCAAAAUACAGAAGCUAAAAGACAAAGAUUUCGGAAAGCAAGCUCUUCGAAAAGAACAUGUCAACCCUCCUGCGGAGGUGAGCACCAGUCUGAAGACCUAUCAGCAUUUCUCUUUGGAGAAAGCGUAUUUGAGAGAAGAUUUCUUUUGGGCAUUUACCCCCACGGCGGGUGACUUCAUACGUUUCCGCUUCUUUAAGCCACUCCGUAUUGAACGGUUUUUCUUCCGCAGUGGCAACAUUGAACACCCUGAAGACAAGCUCUUCAACACGACGGUGGAAGUCUUACCUUUCGAUAGUCUCCAGUCCGAUAAGGAAGCCCUGCAGGAGGGAAGAGCAACAGCAUUCAAGUACCACAGGACAUCUGAUGGUUACAUACAGAUAGGCUCCUUUUUGAAGGGCAUUGCUGAAGGAGAAGUAGACCCUUCCUUUGGGCCCCUGGAAGCAAUACGGCUGACCAUCCAGACGGACUCUCCUGUAUGGAUAAUCUUGAGCGAGAUAUUCCUGAAGAAAGCUGACUGAGCUAUAAGUUACUGGCGUAAUGCACAUCAUGGCAACUAGCUCUUCCUUUCCUCUGUGGAACUGCAGACACUGCAGAAAAUGAGCAGCUUACUCAGAAAGCAAAGGUGUGUCCUUGAGGGUACCUGCUGCUCCAGGAACAGGAAGAAAAAUCUGGCGGUGGUACUUGGCAGGACCUUGCGUUUCCUGACCAUACUGACUAGGAGAAGAGAAGUCUUUUUCACACAUGGGUGCGGGACUGAAUGAAAUGAAGCAGCACUGUUUCCUGACCUGUCUCUUAGCUGGCUGCCUCCGCAGCUGCAAGGAGAACCAUGGAGAUGAACUUUCUGUGUAAACGAUUUCUGUUUGUUGUUACCUUUGAGCAAGGACCACUCUGUCCCCACGACUCUUCCUUCCCCUGAGUGUUGAUUCCUGAAUGUAUCACUAAAGGGGUGCAUUAGAAAUACGGGUUUAAGCAGUGAGAAGGCUGAAGAGGACAACUUGACUGUCAAGCUCUUGCAAACCACAGAGCAGCACUGAGGUAAACUGGGAGGAAAGUAAACUCUGCCGCCAACCUUUUAAGUUAAAUACACACACACACACACAACCCCCAGUUGCUCCGAACCACACCUGAGACUGAAAUAUGAGGGGUGAUUGGUCUUGGGGGGCGGGGGGGAGGUGAUGUGCAGAGGUGACAGAAUGGCAGGGAAUUAAAAAAACAAACCACACUGUGCCUGCCAGGGUUGCACAUGGCCCCUUCAUACAAUACAGUUAAUACUGAAGUAUCCAGUGUCUUCAUGCCUUGAGAAUGAGUGCAGAGCCCAUCCUUUUAGGUCCAUAUCUGUUAUUUACUGGUUGGUGUGAAUUUUGGAGAAAAGCAUUUAGGCCAGUUCUCAAAUGGUAGGAAUUAGAGUGUAAUUUAAAAGCAAACAAGCCCAAUGUCUCUAGCUAUACACUGGAAUGCAUUAUACUACUUUAACGUGCUGUAUUUUUUAUUAUUGGAUACAUUUGAUUUUUUCAAGUAUAUAUAUAUAUAUAAAUAUAUAUUAAAAUGUGCACUGUAAAAUUUUAAUUCGA